GAACUUUCGUCUUGCCCACAACGGACUGAAAGUACUAUAAUAAAACCCAAUAAAAACACAAAAUUAAUUCCAUCUAUAUUUUUGGGCAAAAAAUAAAAAUUCAAUUUUUUUCUAGUUCCUUUUUCUGUGAAGCAAAGCACUAAAAAAACAACACUACCUCAAGAUGUGUGGCGGAGGAUGCGGCGGAUGCAGCUACGGCUGGGGCCCCUGGGCUGCCUGUGGUCCGUGUGGUGGUGCUUGCGGGCCGUGCGGUCCCUGGGGCAGCUGUGCGCCAUGUGGCGGUGGACCAUGUGGCUGCGGGCCGCGAGGCUGUGGUCCCUCCGGUCCGGCCUGUUGGCCCUUUGGAUUAUAUACGUGCUAGGCUUUAGAAAGAAAUUCAGGAGCACUCGCCAUGCCCGACACCUUCGGAACCCCUUACAGCGGAAUUCUAGCCUGUGUCGUGUCUUGGAUAACAGGUUGUGCUUGGUUGUCUAUCUAUAUGCAGCACAGCAACCGUCAACCAUCGAGAUGCAACUUACAACAGACAAGCAGAGAUCUGUAAUUAUGGCGUCAUAUUCUAAACAAUAAAAUUUUACUGUCUU